AGCUUUCUCCGCCCUCCGUUUCGGCCGAAACCCAGCGGCCGUCAGCUCGCUCGCUUCCUACCAAACAAGGCGGCGGCCAUUCAUGGCGUGCGCGCGGAGCCGUAGACGUCCAAAACCACAGCGGACACGGCCCACCGUUGCCUGCCCGCGCGCAUAUAAAGACCACACACCCUUCCUUUAGCCGCAGCGCCAUAAUUUCCGAGCUGCUAGCGCUACAGUCCCCAUCAACAGUUCAGGCUUACAGUACAGCUAGUUGCAGUACCACGCGAGUACACCACCAAGCCAACGCCCAACAGAGAGGUAGUCGUGCCACUGGGUCUGGGAGGAUGGCUUCGAUCGUGCUGCUGCUGUCGGAGCUGCUCGGCGGCGCGGGGAGCACCAGCAUGCUGGAGGCCAGCUGCUACAUGGGCGGCCACAGCCUGCGGGAGUUCCGGCCCGCGGCGGCGGCCACGGGCGACCGGGCGCCGCCGGAGCCGAAGCUGUCCACGGAGGCCAAGGAUGAGGAGCCGUCGUCGUUGGACCUGGAGGAUCUCUCCGCCGUGUCCAGGAUAUCGGUGGACGUGAUGUGGCCCUGAGCCUGCCGCCAGCUCCCGCUGACUCGGGAGGUCGAUUCGCCUCGAGGUUGCUCUGUGUUUUUGUUGCCGACGACGAAGAAGAGACGUCAUGUGAUUCCUCGUUGCCUCGAGUUCUAUGAAAUGGAGAUGUAAAUAUGCAAAGCCACCGCUGAAUGUACUCCUUUUGUUCCUUCUUGUCCCAUGACUUUUCCUACACACAGUUCCUUCGGGGAUUCAACCGUCUGAUCAGAGAACGACCGAACUCGUUUGCGACU